CAUGGAGGAAGGUGCAAAUGUUCAACGACCACCAUUGUUACGUGGGCCAAAUUACAAUUUCUGGAAGGGGCGCAUGAGAGCUUUCUUAAAGUCUCAAGGUGGAAGAGUUUGGAGAAGUAUAGAAACCGGGUGGACUGAACCCACAAAGACCAACGUGGAAGGAGAAAAGGUUGCUAAAACCUUCGAAAAAUACUCAAAGGAAGAAGCAUCUCUGACUGAAUGCAAUGACAGAGCACUCAAUGCACUUUUUGGAGCUGUUGACAGCUCACAGUAUCGCCUGAUUUCAAACUAUACUGAAGCAAAGAAAGCUUGGGAGAUUCUUGAAACAACUCAUGAAGGGGAUGAACGCGUAAAAACUGCUAAACUACAAAUCCUCAUGACUAAAUAUGAGAAUCUGCGCAUGGACGAUAAAGAAAGGAUAGCUGAAUUCCAUGGGAGAGUAAGAGAACUUGCAAAUGAGGCUGAAAAUCUGAAAAGGCCCUUCACUGAAGACAGCCUAGUGCUGAAGAAGAAGAGUGUCAAACAGAUUGCAUUCCACAGCCACACUACUGAAGAGGAGGAAGAUGAUGAAGACCCAUCAGAUGGAGAUUAUCAAGAACAGUUAUCGUCCCUCAUCACCAAGCAGUUCAAGAAGAAAUGGAUGCAGAAGAAAGGAAGAACAAAUUAUCAAGCUGAAUCCUCAAAGGGAUUUCAAUUUAGAAAUCCAAGGCCAAAGGAGAGCAGGGCGCCAACUGAUGACUCAAAACGAAGAGGACCUCAAUGUUUUGAAUGUGGGGGAUUUGGGCAUAUUCAAUCAGAGUGUGCAAAUAAUCUCAAAAAGAAACGACAAGCUUUUGUGUCAACCUGGAGCGAUGAAGAAGAUGACUCUGAAGAAGUUCUAGGGAACCGCAACUGUGCAUUCACCACUCAAAUCCAUGACGAUGAUCCAGACAACCUCAUCAACAAACUGGUGGUGCUUCAGGAAGAGGUGGACAGUCAUCGCAGAAAGCUUGAUGAAACCAUACAGCAAUUGGAACAGGUUGAAGGAGAAAAGGCAAAUCUAAAGUAUGAGCUCACUCAACUGAAAAACUAUCAAAAGUGGAUGAAGAGCGCAGGUGCAGAACAGAUUGAGAAUCUUGUAGACAAGUCAAGGUUUUAUGGAGACAGAACUGGCAUUGGACACACUCUACCAGAAAGCAGUAAAACACCUCUUGAUUUGUUCAUAACAAGGUCAAAGAUUGAUGAUGAAGAACUGAAAGAAUACAGAAGAGACAAGAAGGAAGCAGUCCAGCCUACUCACAUUCAUAAGCAUAUCUUGCCUCAACGAAACAUUGACCUGGAAGAUUUUGCUCUGAAAACCACACUUAUACCCAUGCUAGAGGCUAGGAACUUGCUAAAAUCAGUCACUAUCCCAAGCUCCUAUGUAAAACAAGUUAUUCAAGAGUUUUUCUGCAACAUAGAUGAAGAUUUUGUGAAUCCUGCUGCUGCAAUUUUUGAAAAAGUGUUUGUCAGAGGAAAAUUAUACACAUUUUCCUCCACAGCUGUUAAUAAGUUCUUGGGAUUAGAUGAUGAUCAGGAUGCCUUGGUUAGUGAUGUCACUAUGUGGAAGGAAAUCACCCACGGAGUUAGAAAAAUUCAACAUCCCUCCAGCAAAGUCCCCUCAUCCAUCUUGAACAGUUCUUACUCUAUCUUGCUUAGAGUUGCUGCAUGUCACUGGCUAGCCACCUCCCACACCAACACAGUGACAAAAGCCAUGGGGAUGUUACUAUAUAAGAUCAAGAACAAUGUUUCUGUUAAUCUUGGAAAGUUAAUAGUUGCUCAAAUUGCUGAAUUUGGGAAGCACAACUAUAAGCAAAAUGACAAUGGUCUGCCCUUUCUUGUGCUAAUAUUUCAGAUGCUUGUCUCACAGGGUUUUACCAAAAAGGAUGCUGAAAAAGAAGAGCCACUGGAACCACUGCUGCAGAUAGACAACCGCCAUUUUGAGGGGAAGCACUUCAAUGAUAUGGUGAUAAUUGAACAAGCAACUCAUGGUAUGCAAGGUGUGCACAAGUAUCUGGAACACAAGCUGCAACAAAACAAGGAAGCGCUUAGCCUGGUGGUUCAACAGAGGAAAGUCCUUGAGGAAGAACGCAAGAGUCUCUUAUGGCUGCAAGAACAUGUUGCAGAGAGUGCUCAAACAGCAAGUGCAUCAUCUCAGGGGGAGAGUACAGAGGAGGAGGAAGAUAACACCACAGAUUACUCAGCUUGAGUGUACAUCUCCUUAUAAACUCUCUGCAUUUUC